GCAAAUUUGCCCAUUUCCGGAUCCGCUCCACGUCUGCUGGGUAGUCACUUUGGCAACCCUCAACAACCGAAUUUUCUGAACUUGUUCCAGGCCAACAAAGCUCCCGUUCUGUCGUCAAAGAACGCAGGAUUCAAUGCGGGUGCCAAUACAGGCGCUCCCCCUCCGAACAUUUUUCAACAACUUCAGCAAGCUGGAAGUAUAACAGCGUCAAGACUGGGUAGCUCUUCACCAGGAAUUGGACAUCAGCGUGUUCUGCUCCCUUCAUCGACAGCCUUUCCUGUGAAAGCGCACCAGUCCACACCCCAGGUAGCGAAGAGCGUCACCCCCAAAGGUCCUAGUACUGGAAGCCGUACGCCAAUGAGUCAGCAGCAGGCGUACCAGCGCCACACGGACAUGCAGCAGGCGGAUCAACGACGGAUGGAGCAGAGCCAGUUUUUAGGCAACAAAAUUGAUUUUAAGGCCCGCGAUAAUUCAUUUUCAUUCUCAUAGAAGAUUCGUUUUCUUCCGUGCAGAUAGGAUUCUGCAAAGAAAAUGAUCUUCUUUGGAAAUGGAUCACCGGGAAAUCAAGCGCUAAUGAUUGGAAGGCCUAUGCGAGUGUGCUUCUGAAAAUGCAA